AUGUCGCCAGAUGAGACGACCCAGCUGCUUCCUAGUUCCGACGGUGCACAACCGUCCGAUUCUGCAGACGAUACGUCUUCUGAUUAUGGCAAUGCACGGACAAGACUCGCUAUUUUCAUUGCGUACCUAGGAGCCUUCCUGGCUAGUUCGGACGAAUCCCUCGUCAUCGCUACAUACGAUAUCAUCGCCUCCGAAUUUCAUGAGCUGUCGAAAGCAUCAUGGCUGGUGACGGGAUAUAACCUGGGAUAUUGUGUUGCGCUACCGGUUUAUAGUACGCUGGCGGAUAUCUGCGGUCGCAAGACUUCCAUGCUCAUGGGGUAUCUGUUGUUCGGACUGGGCUGUCUCAUAUGCUCCCUCAGCGGCUCCAUGGUUAACCUGAUAGCGGGGAGGAUUAUUAGUGGCGCGGGCUCUGCGGGCAUGGUGGUUAUGAUCUCUAUUAUGAUCACAGAUCUGGCCGCUCCAAGUGAUGUCGCACUGCUGCGCAGUUACACCAAUGUGGUGAACAUGACCGGUCGGGGUGUGGGUGCUGUUCUGGGGAGCAUGAUGGUGAACUCGUUUGGUUGGAGAUGGGCAUUUGCUGGUCGCAUCCCAUUCAUCCUGCUAUGCUUGCUCCUCUCCCGCGUGCAGUUCCCUACGAAGCAAGCUGAAUCUACCGUCCCCGAGCUAUCCGCUGUAAACAAGUUUAAACGCUUGGACUUCUUCGGCAUUGCGAGCUUUGCGGCUGCGAUUUUCACGUUGCUAUUGUCAUUGACAACAGCAGGGAUGGUCGAUGGGAAGCUAUCACAUGUGUAUAUCUUGCUGGGGGUGUGCAUAUUCUCAACAGUCGUCUUUGCCUGCCAUGAAGUUCUCUGGGCAAAGAAACCGCUGAUGCCACUACGGCUGGUCACACAGGGUGUGGGACAGUACUGGCUGGUGCAGGUUGUGUUGUUCAGCGGACGGAAUGCGGUGGUUGCAACCAUCACACAAUACAUGGCACAGGUGAAGAAGGUGCCUGAAGCCACCGGGUCCACCUUUCUGGUUCUGUGCACCAUGGGGCUAGCGACAGGAUCCAUCAUUUCAGGUCUUUCAAUCAAACGGACGAAGCGAUAUAAGAAGAUGAGCAUUAUCUCAAUCGUGGUAAGCAUUGUAUCGUCCACCUUUCUCUUCUUGUCCUGGCACUUCGACCGUCCUGUGCUGGAGUCUCUUGUUGUGAUUCCGAUGAGCCUUCCCAUCGGAAUUGUCAUCUCGGGCGAGUUCAUUGGCAUGUCAAGUCGCGCGCCACCGGAGGACCUGGCUGCAUCGGUGGGCGCGUACUAUCUCAGUCAGCAACUGGGCGUGAUUCUAGGGGCAUCACUGGGCCCUUUGCUGGUGCGGAUGGGAUUCAUGCAUGAUAUUGCUGGGAAGUUGGGGGACAGAACUCCCGAGAUUGUCCGUCAUGUCCUCAGCGACGCUAGAUACGUUGAAACACUGCCGCAGAGUAUGCAAGAAAUUGUCCGGUCUAGCCUUCAAUACGGGUACCAGUUCAUUCCAGUGCUCGCCACGGUUACUGCCGCGCUGUGUGUCCCUAGUCUGAUCCUGACGAGGGAAGAGCGGGUGGAAUAGAUAUUUCGCCCUCAUAGUCUGUCUUAC